AUGCUUCGCCUCGCCGAACAGACCCAAAUGCUCCGCCUGUCGCAGGAGAUGACCAAGAAAUUGCAGGAGCGGCCGUUGCCCACCCCAGAAGUCCCGCAACUGAACCUCCUGCCGCUGCUCCAGAACAUGAACUUGCCCUCGACGUCGGUGCUGCCCGGGCUGGAUCUUCCGCCGUUGGAUUUUAGCCUCAACCCGACACUUGUGCAGAUGUUCUUGAACCAAAUGUCCAUCUACCAACUGCAAGCCAGCCUCCAACAACAGCAGCAGCAGAAGAGCGUCAUUGAGAUGAACCCAGCGCAUGAGCCGAUCCGACGCAGAAGGCUCGCUUCUGAAUCGACGGCCCUGAAGAAGCAAGAAUCGAUGGAUGACGACCAGGAGACGUUGAUCGCCAGCAGCGAUAAAGAGGGGUGGUGCCGGAACAAGAAGUACAUCAAGAAGACUGAGGACGGCUUCAUGUGUACUGUAUGCAAGAAGAAAUACGGCCGUUACAAUUCCGUGUCGUACCACGUGACCAUCUACCACCGUAACCCGCCGAUUCGAUGUGAUAUGGGCGAUUGCCAGUUUGCGACCCGAGAGGCUAGAUACAUCCACUUCCACAAGUACUACCGCCACGGCGUCCCGCUGCCCGAGAGCAUCGAUCAGGGAUCUCGUCGUUGCCCCCACUGCAAGCACGUCUCCAAGUCGCCGGCCAUGCUCGACAAGCACAUCAAAAAGCAUCUGCAGGAGAGGUCGACCUCCAACGGCAGCGCAUCGAGCCUGUUCCUUGGAGUUGAAGGGGGCCGACCGCGUGCCGUCUCGGAGUUGACGCCCCCGCUGACGUUGGACCCGGUGAUCGACGUGUGCGACGAGAGAGAGGAGGAAGAGGAGAGGGAGCAGACACAGCAAGAACAGCCCGCCAAUAUGGCACGCCAUCUACUGGCCGCGCCCGAGUUCUUCGAGACGAAGAGUCGCGCUUUUACGAUG